CUUCUCAUCUGGGUAUGGUUUGGUAUGGGAUUCGCCCAAGCAAUUGUCCCGAAUAUUACCACCUCCAACGAAUCGAGUCCUCUAAAAAGAAAACGACGGUACAUGCCGUAUGCCGUUGCACACUGGGUUCAUUUAAUCAAACUCUGGUGCCUCUGCACCAUCACUAUUUUCGUCGCGCCAAGUUUCAUUACUUCUUUCCCCAUUCCGGGCAUGUCCACGCCUCGCGCGCCCAGCCAGAGAUCCGCCCAGACUUGUUGGUGGCUUAAAACAUACAACACGCCCCCUGAAUAAAUGUUACCUUGUGACUUUAGGUACAGUAAGUCUACAGCCUGCGCAUCAAAUCCCUGCCAAAGGCUGCUACUAUUGCUAUUGCUGUUGCCUUCAGUUCCGUACUGCACGGUGUACACUACCAAACCUCUAAAACCUACCUGGUACCUUAACCGACGCGAUUGCCCUGGCAAUAGACCGUUGCCUACUGCCAACCACCGCGCCGCCGCCUACAGAGGCAUUUUCGGCGUACCCCUCCGGCAAAGCAUCACCUAUGCUAAUGUUGCGAUAUCCCUCGUCGACGAGCAUGGGAAGAGCUACAUAUAUGGCUAUGUUCCGAUUGUGGUCGCAAAGUGCGGCGUCUUCUUAAAGGAGAGAGCCACGGGCGUGGAGGGCAUCUUCCGUCUCAGCGGGUCGGAGAAGCGGAUCAAGGAGCUCAAGACUCUCUUCGACUCGCCAGACCGGUACGGUAAAGGCCUCGUCUGGGAUGGAUACACCGUCCACGAUGCGGCCAACGUAUUGCGACGAUACCUAAACGAUCUUCCCGAACCCGUUGUGCCGUUGGAUCUAUACGAGAAGUUCCGGGAACCAUUGAGGGGGGUUACCAAACAGCCGUCUGGGGACGGCGAAGCGCCACAGUUUGUCGACAACUUCGAUAUGGACGCCGCCAUUGUGCGAUACCAGCAGCUGAUCACGGAGCUACCUCCCCUAAACCGGCAGCUCCUGCUCUACAUCCUCGACCUACUUGCGGUAUUUGCCGCGAAAUCAGACGAGAACCGAAUGAAUUCGCAGAAUCUGGCGGCAAUAUUCCAGCCUGGAAUGCUCUCUCACCCCAACCAUGCCAUGGCUCCUGAGGAAUACCGGCUCAACCAAUCCGUCAUCAUCUUCUUGAUCGAGAAUCAAGAUCAUUUCCUCAUCGGCAUGCAGGGCACAGCGGCAGACGAAACCACGAUGCGGGAAGUGCAGAAGGGAACGCCAGUCGCCAGGACCCCGACGACCCCAACACACGACCGACCAUCCGGUGUUGCACGCUCAUUGUCCAAUGCCAGCGCAGGGGCAGAGAGCGUUGCCAAGGAGGGCAAGAUCCGCAGAAACAAGUCGACAGCAUCAAGACAAUCGCGCCACUCCAACGGCGCCCCGAGUCCCGGAAGCCCGGCCUUGGCUGCCACCCCUACUGGUGGUGGUGGGUUGGGACGAAGUAAUACUGUGCCAUCCAAGAAAUCCCCGGCUCUUCAGCCUGGAAGAUUUCAGUCCAGGAAUGAUCCCUCGUCCACGCCCGUUACCCCCCUGACACCUGUCACUCCCUCCGCGGCGACUCACGUCCCUCAGUCCCCUCUUGUCGAGGAGAUUGCGACCCCCCAUGAAGGGUAUCCAGCACUAGCAGCAGCCGGGGCGGUGCAAGGAGGCUUUCUGGGGCCCGGGUCCAAGGUCGACGCUACAACGCCAUCAAAGGAACGGAAUCUCCCGAGCCUGUUUCAAAGGACUCCAACAGGCGAAAGCGACAAGCGUCCGCCAAAUAAGCUUCGGAAAAAGAAGCUGCCCGGCAGCGCCAAUCCGAGCGCACAGAGUUCCACCGCAUCGCUUGCUCAUUCUGCAGCAGCGUCGCCGGCUAUCGAAUCGCCAAACCCCCUAGAGGUCAUCCCUUCAACUUCGCUAUUGUCAAACGUGGAAGCGAGUGGUAGGCAGCCCGUGACUGAAACACCAGCGGAGCCAGCACCCAGGGCAUCACAAGUUGCUUCAAGCAAAACCCUUCACCCCGAAGCCGCCGAAAAUACCCUGAAGCCGAAGAUGUCGCCUCCGACCUCUUUACAUAGUUCGUUCAACGAGGGUUCAGAUAUUGACCAAUUCGACGAGACGGUUCCUGGAGGCGAGCAUCAUGACAAGGAGCGGAGGAGGCGCUGGCGGCUGUCGAGGCGGAGAGAGGACACGCUUGCGACUGCCAAUGCGGGCAUUGCCUCACCGCGGAGAGACCUCGGCCAGAACACAACCGCCGAAGCGAGCGUCACAUCAGUCGGGAGCACAAGCCACAAGGCAGUGCGGAGCUUCACGGGGGAGUCUUCUGAACCUGCCAGCCUCGCGGCGGGCGAUGUGCCAAAUCCCGCCGAAUCAACAUCCAGGGACGGCAAGGACGAGUCGAGGGGUCUCGCCGGUUGGAUCAAGCACAAGUAUCGCGAGGCAAAGGAGACGGCCGAGCAACGGCGAAACAAGUCGCCGCCCGCAGAUCGCCCGUCCGCCGGCACCACGUCGUCCCCGAACCAGAUCACGUCGCCCUCGAACCAGCAGAUCACGUCGCCCUCGAACCAGGUCACGUCGCCCCCGAACCAGAUCGCAUUGCCCCUGAACCAGAUCACAUCGCCCCCGAACCAGACGAGGUCCCCUCUCGAGACCAACUUGCCCACCGCGGAAGAGGACAAGGCACCGGCGGAUACCCAGGGGCCGAAGACGCCGCAGUGAAUGUGUCAAGUAGGACAUGUUAAUCGCCCGUGCGUUUGAUAUCAGCAUUUUUUAUUUUUUUUUGACCAGAUAUUGUACCGGCCACGCGGGCCAUUUCGGCGCUCCUGAUGUUCU